AUGUAUUUGGACACCGUUUCUGACCAUGCCGAGAGGAAGAAAAGUCACUCCAUGGCAUCAGCUCUGUCUCAAGAAGACAAUUUGGACGAAGAUGGACGGUGGCGUCCUGGAUCGGGGCCCUGGGAAUACGAGGUUGAGGACGAAAAGGAGUUAGCUGCAAGUCGACCAAAGAAGCACAUUCGAGACCAUGUGAACAAGCCCUUCCACAACCUGACCCUCUCCGACAUCGAGGGCGCGCACCCGAAGCUGAAGCAGCCGUUCCGUCAGCCACGUGGCACCGACCCAUUGGACCCCGCUUACGUCAUCACGGCGUACGACGAGCCGGAGCCGGACGUCCCACGGUUCUCAAAGGACGCUUUGGACGUUUCGGACGUGGCGGGGGCCAGGCCUCGGAAAAAGCUGGUCCGAAGGAUUACAGACCCUUUGAAGAUCGACGACAUACCAGGAUCGACGGCGGCAUGGAGGCCCCGACGAUGGGCCCACUUUGGCAAGGCGGGCCACAUCCGGGACUUCAAUCUGCACGUGCACGACAUCAACGCGCGCGUGCAGCGGAAAGUGCGCGAGUCCACGGCCGAGAUCUACGCGCCCGUCAAGGGCAGCCAGCCGAAGCAGCUCUUCCGGCAGCGGCGCAACCUGCAAGAACAGGAUUUCAUCAUUCGGACGGACGACAUUCCGGGCGCCCGGUCCCCGGUCAAAACGCGACCGGCGAGCGCGAAGCUCCACCCGACCAACGACCUGAGCGACAUUCGCGGCGCGGCAGCCGCGAGCGCCAGCUUCAACGGCCGCUUAUCCAUCAGAAAGGCCGAGGUUCACGCGCGCGCGGAAAGGGUGCAAACGAGAGAAAGUUUUCAGAACGAAGUGCUGACGGCGGACCUGAGGGGGCGGAUCGAGAGUCAAAUGGGCGAAAAAACGACGAAAGAGGUCAUGGGAGCGUUCAGAAUGAAGGACCGGAGCGGCAGUGGCAAGUUGACGGUAGAGGAACUGGGACAGUCUCUGACACAGCUGCGGAUUCCGGUAACUCCGGCGGAAGCCCAGAAGCUGGCAGCGGCAUUUGACACGCAGCUGAGCGGGUUCGUCGAUUAUAAGGACCUCGCAAAGUCCUUCGCUCCUCACCUCUUCCUGAAAAAGGAGGGGCCCACUUCGGGCCCCGCCGCUGGAAAGCCCGCCAGGCCCCAGUCAGCGCAUCCAGUACUUGGGACGUUCAACAGCGUGACGAACAGGGCCCCGAAAGAAGUUGAGACUAGACUGGGCACAGGGUCUGCAACUCAGGCGUCCGCAGGGCCUUCCUUAUUGGAUAGCGGGAAAGAGAAGAAACGAGAAGCCUUGCCCGGAGGAGCUGUGGCAAGAGAAGAGGCGGAGAGGAUGGAGAAGGGGUUUGCUACACGGCCUGCGAGUUCGAGUGGGAACACGUUCGCUUCGCGCACAGAGGAUCGGAGUGUUCCGGGGGCGAGAGAAGGGACCGGAACGGCAUGGGCGGAAAGAUUGACACGAGGAGACGGCGCGGCCGAGGCGGUACCAGCAGAACCUGGGCUGGUGUCAAUAGACGAGAGCCAUCGGAACGGAGCUGCGUUCAGCGAGGUUGGACGGCUGCAGCGUCCGCAGGAAGCGGUUCCGUCCGUAGAGGGGAACCCUGCUAGCGGAACCCUUCCAAGCGGAACGCAAGUACCGGCGCCUAUCUCGCUUUUUCAGGACUUCGUUAACGUGGGCGGUCCAAGCAGCCCGGGCAAUCAUCUCGUAUGGGACUUGCAGCCGGAAACCGGUCGGAUGCCGGGGACGGAACGGCUGCUGACGCCACCCCACAAUGGAUUACGCGCGCGGCCGCAGUCCGCGGCCGCGUGGGCGCAGAAGUCGCGGGGUUCAGGGUUUCAGGCCGCGACCGACAGCCGCGCGCUCGCUGUGCAGAACUUGAGGGCGCAGGCGAUGUCGAUCGGGCCGAGAAGCGCAGCGGAUUCAACGGCUGAGAUGAGCUCUGGGCCUAGAUCCACCGGACGGCCGCAAAGCGCGCGCCCAGCGAGUUCUAGUUGGGCGUCUGGAUCGUCUUACGUUGCGAGCACCCGUCACGCCAGUGUAGAAUCGGGUCUCGAGCAGGUGCGGUCCGCUAGCGUUGUCACGGCCGAUUCUGAAAGAGCGGCUCCAGGUCACGUGUCCAGUGCGUGGGUUGAAGACUCAAUGCGCCGUGCGACCGUGACGCAGGUUAACGCUAAAACGGUGGAGAUCAGGAGCAGACCUCAGUCGGCGCAUCCUUCGAUACGGGCUAAUGCCACUGCUUCGUCGAAGCGGGGGGAAGAGGGCGGGUUCGAAAGGUCGACGUCGAAGAUUGAGGCGCAGAGGGAGGCGCAGUGGUUGAAGCAGGAGAUCGCAGCAGUCAGAGCCUUAGUAUAA